AGCUUCCUCUCCCACUUCGACACGUCAAAAAGAACAAGCACGCACACACGUACAAAGGAGUGUUUACAGCUGACGAGACAUCACGUACUUACGGAAACUAGCUUAUUCUGAAAGAGGGCUUUAUAUGUACGUACAUACAUAUGCAUACAUACAUAACUUAAACACGCACAAUAAGCAGGCAGAAGUUUUCAAACUAAAUAUUUUUUUAAAACCAAAGCCACCGAUGACAUGUCGAUAAUUUACCUACAAAUCUAUUUCGUAACAAUAGCAUGUAUUCUUGGAACAGGAAUUCUUGGAUUGCCUGUGACUUUGUACAAAUCAGGAUUUUACCCUUUCUUGAUAUCGUUUCUGACGACGUUUUUCUUUCAAGUUCUUUUAAUUUUUAUCACUGUGGAAAUACUUCAGAGAGCCUGUAUUAAUCAGUUUCUGGCUUUUAAGGAAAGUCUUGAUAAAGAACUCCACGAUGCACUUCAGAAUAAAAAGGAAGAAAGUGAAUCUAGUGAAGAUGAGGAUAACCUGCACAACCACUUCAUCACUCCACCUAAUCUUCACAUGUUAAGUGAGAUGUUUCUCUGCAAUGGAGUACGACACAUUUUUGAUUUCCUGGCUGUGUUGCAGCUGUCUUCAGUAUUGAUUGGUUAUUGUCUGGCUGGUAGUGAAUCAUACUCUGAAAUACUACAUAUAGAGAAAGUUUAUAUUAUGCCUGUCUAUGUCUGUGUUCUCUCAUCAUUUAUAAUAUUUGCACUCCAUUUGAUUAAACCAAUUGUAUCAUUUCUCACCCUCUUGAAGGGUUUGGCAUUUGCUUUAACUGUGAUAAUAACUUGCAUUAUUGGCUUCAAAAUCCGAGAGAAUGUUAUUGACGACUACCACAAUAUUGGCAAUUCUUUCCUCAUGGGAACUGUCGCAUUGGGGGGAACUAUAUAUGUGAUGCCAUUUCUUUACAAAGAUAUUGUGCAAAAUAAAACAGAGAUCAGGAAAUAUUUAUUAGCUGUACUUUCUGCACUGACUACCUGUACAAUCUUAAACAUUCUUUGGUGUUGGUCAGUCCUAAGUAUUGUGCCUCAGCUUGACUUCUGCAGCAAUUCAGCUGUGAUACCACAUUUUGUGGGAAACAACACAUUGACAACUCCUGACUAUUGUGAGUCUUAUAUAUCUUUGGAAAAAGCUGCAAGUAAUGGUGAAAUAUCAACAACACCUUUGGUGAAGCUUAUAAAACAAAGAUACCAAGAAUAUGCCUGGAUCUCUACACUAAUUGAAAUCUUUAUUGUGAUCAGUAUAUCUGUUGCUUUCCUGACAUUAGGAACAGCUUUACAGGAUAUUGUGUCUGGAAUAAUUCACUCCACAUUCUUUCAACAGAGAAAUAACAAUUGUUUACCUGUUCAAUGGCAAACAGAGAUGAGAGAAAAAAUAAUUAAAAAUAUUUCAACUGGUAUUUUAUUUGGAAUUAUUUUCCUCAUUGCAAUAUUCAGCCUUAAGAGCUUUAUUACAGUGAUGGAAAAAGUCUCUUCAUUCGCGUUGAACACAAUAAAUAUUUUAUUAUUUUUUAUGUACACUCAAUCACGAAGAGGCAAGAACAGCAAUGUGGAAAUUCCCCUACCAAUACCAAAAUGGAUGGAUAUUAUAAACUAUUUGUUGCCAGUAUAUUUUGGAUUUGCAGUAAUUUAUGAUGGGUUUGUUACAACAACAGAUUACUUGGAAUCUCUUAAACACAAUAAAACACAGCGUGCUUUAUAUUCUCAGCAAUAAAUUAAGACAUUCCACAUGAUAAAUCAUUGCCAAAACAAUUGUCUUCCUCUUUAAUAAAAAUUUAUUUUUAAAG